AUGACAGGAGUACGAAGCACACUUCCAAACCCAGCAUCAGUGGUCGAAAGCACCACUCACCGAUUCCUCAUCUUUGAUGCACCCAACGAUGACAAUCUUUCCCUAUAUAUGCCCGUAAGUUUAAAUGAUACGAUCAAUACAAUCAACAAGAACAAGAAAGCACAAGAGCUCCAAAGACACAAUAUACAUCAUCUUGUGAGAGCUUGCGACCCAACCUACUCAACCGAGCCACUUUCAGCUAUCGGCAUUCAAGUCCACGAUUUACCAUUCCCAGAUGGUGGAUCACCUUCAGAUGCAGUAGUAGAUAGUUGGCUAAGAAUAUUAAAAGACUCUUACAAAAAAGAUAACAAGGAAACAAUUGGAGUUCACUGCGUAGCAGGUCUAGGUAGAGCACCUGUAUUGGUAGCGAUUGCUCUCAUUGAAUCAGGCAUGAAUCCGCUACAAGCCGUCGACUACAUUCGUGAAAAGAGACGUGGAUCGAUUAAUAUCAAACAAAUCAAAUAUCUCAAGGAAUACAAGAGCAAGAAAAAGGCAUCAGCAGCAGCAAUAGCAGCAAUCUUACUCAAUCCAAAUCUCAGUAGCUCUCAGCAACAAUAA